GGGGCUGGAGAAGACGCCUCUCGCCCCCAGCAGGCGAGGGAGAACACAUCACCACAGCCGUGGCCCUCGCACACGCCUAUAGGCGCUCUCCUAUAGGGCGCCCGCGGCGCGCCCCCUCCCCCGCCGCCGUGCAGCGCCCCCCCAGCCCCUGGCAGGCCGGCCGGCCCAGACCCUCGCCCGCGACGCGGCUCCACUGUUUCGGCCAGCAGCCAAUGAGAAGCGGAGCACCGAGAGAAAGGCACCCGCAUGAGAUCCAAGAGCGAUACGGCACCACACAAGAUAUCCUUAAUGUUUGCAUUUUCGCCGUGCAGCACACCAUGAAUAAGCUUUAUAUCGGUAACUUGAGUGAAGACGCGAGUCCCGUCGAGUUGGAAAGUCUCUUUCAGGAGUGGAAGAUUCCUUGUAGUGGCCCGUUUCUCGUCAAGACUGGUUACGCGUUUGUGGACUGCCCUGAUGAGAAGGGUGCUAUGAAGGCCAUCGACACGCUCUCAGGUAAAGUAGAACUCCACGGAAAAGUUAUAGAGGUGGAACACUCAGUCCCGAAAAGACAAAGGAGUCGCAAGCUACAGAUCAGAAAUAUCCCUCCACAUCUGCAGUGGGAGGUAUUAGACAGCUUGUUAGCUCAGUACGGCUCUGUCGAAAGUUGUGAACAAGUGAACACCGAGACGGAGACCGCCGUCGUCAAUGUUAAGUACGGAGCCAAGGAGCAGGCCAGACAAGCCAUUGAGAAGCUGAACGGCUACCAGCUGGAGAACUAUGCUCUGAAGGUGACGUACAUCCCCGAUGAGAUGGCCACACAGCAGCCUCCUCAAUCACACCCCCUGGCCGGGCGGCGCGGGUUCGGAACCAGGGGUCCACCCCGCCAGGCCUCCCCCGGGGCAGGUACCCGCCCCAGGCAGUCCGACGUGCCCCUGCGGAUGCUGGUGCCCACGCAGUUUGUAGGUGCUAUAAUAGGCAAAGAGGGAGCCACGAUCAGGAACGUUACAAAACAGACACAGUCCAAGAUUGACAUUCACCGGAAAGAGAACGCGGGAGCCGCGGAGAAGCCCAUCACCAUUCACUCCACGCCAGAAGGCUGUUCGGCUGCUUGCAAGACCAUCAUGGAGAUCAUGCAGAAAGAAGCUCAGGACACCAAAUUUACGGAAGAGAUCCCUUUGAAGAUACUGGCGCACAACAACUUUGUCGGACGCCUUAUAGGGAAGGAAGGAAGGAAUCUGAAGAAGAUCGAGCAAGACACAGACACGAAGAUCACCAUCUCUCCAUUGCAGGACCUGACGCUCUAUAAUCCAGAAAGAACCAUCACCAUCAAGGGCACCAUUGAGGCCUGUGCCAAAGCUGAAGAAGAAGUCAUGAAAAAAAUCCGAGAAUCUUAUGAAAAUGAUGUCGCCGCCAUGAAUCUGCAGUCGAACCUGAUCCCGGGGCUGAAUCUCAAUGCCCUGGGCCUGUUCCCUCCCUCCAACCCCGCCAUGACUCCGCCGAUGAUGCCCGGCCCCCCUGCCGCUGGCGCCGCUGCUUAUCCCAUCUCGCAGCAGCCGGAGUCAGAGACGGUACAUUUGUUCAUACCUGCGCUGGCAGUUGGAGCCAUUAUUGGUAAACAGGGGCAGCACAUCAAGCAGCUGUCCCGCUUCGCAGGAGCGUCGAUCAAGAUCACCCCAGCAGAAGGGCCUGAUGCCAAGCAGAGGAUGGUGAUCAUCACAGGCCCACCAGAGGCCCAGUUCAAGGCUCAAGGAAGAAUAUUUGGGAAACUAAAAGAAGAGAACUUUUUUGGACCGAAGGAGGAAGUGAAGCUGGAAACCCAUAUUAAAGUGCCAUCGUACGCUGCAGGCCGGGUCAUUGGAAAGGGGGGUAAAACGGUGAACGAGCUGCAGAACCUCACCAGCGCGGAGGUGGUAGUUCCUCGAGACCAGACCCCCGAUGAAAACGACCAAGUAAUAGUGAAGAUAACUGGCCAUUUCUACUCAAGCCAGGUUGCGCAGCGCAAAAUUCAGGAAAUUCUGUCCCAGGUAAAACGACAACAGCAGCAAAAGGCCGCACCCAGCGGCGCCCCCCCCCAGCUGAGGCGGAAGUAGGAGGCGCAGGGGCGCCCCCCCGGGCCCUUCGCCAAGACGCCAGACCAAAGAGGAAGGGGGACUGCUGGCGACGGGAAGCGUGGGGAGGUCCUGCCGGCGACAGUGCCAGCACGUCUUCGUGGGAAUGUCUUCUUCAGGCUUCGGGGAACUUUGAGAGAGCCAGCUUAGAUGACCGGAGACAAAAAGACAAAAAGACCCUUUCCCUCCUUUGGUUCUGUGCUCGCCACUUCACAUCAGCAGGUUUUGUUUUUCCCUAAAUCCCGAUUUAUGAUGUCAAAUUCCAGUUCGACGAGGCUUUCUCCCCCGGCCUCUCUGGGAAGCGAGAGGCAGGGCUCUCCUGGUUCCAUCUGGUGUGCGGGAGGGGCGGGGCGGACUCGUGGUUUCGAAGGGGGGGGGCCUGGGGAGCAGGAAGGCAUGUCGUCCCAGUGCUGAUCGAGGCAUUUUAGAAAUUCGGAUGCAUUUUAUGAGAAAAAGAAGAAAAAAACACUGCCAGAAUAACCUAAGGGAAGUGUUGAAUGGUGUUGGCUAGGAAAUAGUUUAAUAUGCAUUUUACUGAACUACCUCAGGCAUUUAGUACCUCAGCAAAAAUUAUAUAUAUAAUUUUUUUCCUUUUUUGCUUUCUGGUAUUUUGUAUACUUUAUAAAAGCUGAUAGUUCUUGAGCAUUUUAUUUUUUUAAGAAAAAUUAAAAUUUGAUCAGCUACCAUCAGGGUGUCCUUCAGCUCCAUUUUACAGAUAUAUGUACAUAUAUAUAUAGUGUAUAUAAAAGUUAUAUAUGUACAUAUAAAAGAUGCAUUGGCAGAACGAAAAAGACAGAGCUGUGGUGCUCCUUGCUGUUAGCUGAUGGGAGUAUUAAAUUAAAAAAAUUGCCUCAGUUUUCCUGAGGUCUUCAGCGCCACCGUAAGGAAUAACAGACAUAGAGCAACGAUUUUUGCAAGAUGCCGAAUAAUGCCAACAUUACUGAAAUCAGCAAUGCCCUUUAUUUCUUGGGAUGUUUGGGAUUCAGAAAUUCAAUUGAUGGUACAUUAUUUUGUUUCGGGGGGGUGGGGAGGGAGGGGGGCGCAGGGAGGUGAUGAGAAGAGGCUGGAGGGGGGCUCGUUUGUCUCCGUUCACGGUGUUGCGCCCUCGGUGCCUUGGACCGUCGCCGCCUCCUCGUGGCCGAACGAGUUCAUUCUGGGGAAACCCGUGCCAGGACGCCCGCGGCCUUCAGCUCGGCUGCUCGGCGACACGUCGCGGUCUGUCAGCAGGCGCGGCGCAGACCGGGUUAGGAGCAGCCUCGCAUCACGCGCGUUUCAUUUGCUUUUCUUUUUGUUGUUUGCAUAAUGGGGAAGAAAGAUCACACUAACGAUGUCGAUGCUAAAGGAUACGUUUACAUAUCCAACCGCUGUAAAGGGCCACUGUAAGCAGUACCUUCUGCGCUGGCUACUGCAGGGACAGCAGGGUUUAUGCACGGGUGCAAACGGGAGGGUCUGGAACUUCUUUCUUGGAAUCGAAACGCAAGGACUUAGGCAAAAGGCUCCAUACUGGUUUUUGUUUCAAUCGGUAAUGUAAAUGCAAAACGCGUUUUGUGGUAAAAGCUAUUACGCAUUCACGCUUCGACAGUAGAACAUUUCUCGUCCUACCUCAACUCUCAAAUUGUGGCCGUGCACGGGGUGCAUAAAGACUGCUGUGUGGCCUUACAAGAGCCAUGCUCAUACCUCCUAAAAACCUUUGUGAUGUUUUUGUGCAUGAGGUCAGAAGCAUCAUGCUGCACUGAUUUAAGGGGCACAACUUUGCAUAGCUAUUUUUUCUCACCGUUUUUGAUCUACCUCUUAGUCAUAUAUUAAAAUAGAGGCAUUUCUGCGUUAGGAUAGAGUAAUUUCCCAAAGAUCAUUUUGUAAAGAUUUUACUUUUUGGAAAAAAAAAUGGUCUGAAGUUUUUGUUUUGCUUGCAUUUAUUCUUUAUCAGUUGAUUUAAAACCUCAACGUAUGCUGCAGCUUUAGUUUAGUCAAAAACAUUUUUUGAUCUGGCAGAGUGGCUUUCUCAUGUAGUUUUAGACUUUCUUAUUGAAUUUGGGGGAAGAAAAGUCAAUAGAUGUUUAAUUUAGAUUUCUGUUAAUGGCUAAGUCAAAUGCCUACCUUUUUGUUUCUCAAUAUAAAAUUUCAAUUUUUGUUUUUGGAAUACAGGUGCUGCAUUUAUAUCUACUGAGUACUUUGAUUUAAACCUGUUCUAGCUAUUUCUAGGCUUUCUAGUGUGGAUUUUUUUCUUCAAAUGAGACUUAAUUGGAAUAUUUGGAAUUAGUUUGAAAGUAAUACUGUAAGAUGGGUGUUUAUCAGAAAAGCAUGGAUCAUAUUUCAUCUGUACUGUGCCCCUAUGCAGCUCCACCUGUCAAAUGCCUCUGAAUAAAAUAAAGAAAUUAGCUCCUGUGA